UAACAUGAACGCUUGUUUUAUGGUGUAUAUACCAUCUCCCUUUUUACAAAAUUAUUGUCACGCUUGGGUCACGAAAUCAAUAUCUAAUACAUCAACCAUUUAUAGUGAAGGUUGUUAGCAAUUUGUCAUCGCUGUGCUUGUUCACUGUACCCAGUCAAAGUUCUGUUUGUAAAAUUGAUGCAAGGGAAGAACAUAGCAAUUUGAAUCGGAUAAAGAUCAAUACAGGCGCUCCUCAGGAGGUCUUCGGWCGUGAGCCACGAUCUUAUUGUACAGCUCAUGCGAUUUGCAUUUCAACAAACCAAGAAAUUGCCUAGCAUGGAUAGAGGAAUAUGGGCUAAAUUUGCCGUGUUAUUGGCGUUCAUUCCAGUUUGCUCACAGAGUCAAGGCUGCGUUGGGUCGUGCAAGUGCUUAGACGUCUAUGUUCAAGGACAAAUUUUCAAAGAACGCAUUGUCAACUGUUCGAGCCUGAGUUUGUCGACUGUGCCAAAGAUUCCAGAUGGAACUACGCAGUUAUUUCUUUCUAAUAACAAAAUCAGUACUUUGGAUGUUAAUGUAUUUAAAUCACUUUCCAAAUUAUGGAAAAUUGAUGUUAGCAAUAACCAGAUAGAGUCUAUACCAAAUGACAUAUUUCAAUUCAACUUGAAGCUUUAUGAUGUAAAUUUUAGUAAAAACCCCUUGACAUGUGAUUGCAAUAUAUACGGAAUACACAACAUAUCAAAGCAUGUGAAGAAGUUUUCUGCAUCAUGUGCCAAGCCAUCUGCACUUGCAAGUCGUGAUGUGAAAUCACUAAAACUUGAUGAGUAUUGUGGUGGCUGUUUGGGACUGAAGUUGUCUGGCAAAAAUGAUGGACUAUAYUAUAUGAAGUUAAAAGCAAAAUGUGAAGGGUUUGUUCGAGUGUACUGUAGUGGGAUGAAUACUAGUUCUCCAAAGGAAUAUAUAACAUUGAAAAGUGGAGCAGUACGCAAUUACGCUUAUAUUUAUGACUACAAACAACCAGAAUUAGCAAAAAACAUGUGUGAUCGUAAACCUGGUGGGACAAWAUACAAUGAAACAGGUCGAACCAGUUUCACUAAAGUACGGCUAGUGGUGAGCACAUCUGGGGUGAGCAUCAAAAMUGAUGACUUUUCCUUUGCUGUCUCCACUGGUAAGCCAGUUCCUUUGGGUGUUGCUGGUGACUGCUACUCUGCUAGCAAUGAAAACUGUCGGAAAGGACAUUUUAGGAUUGACUUGACUGGAACUGGUUUUCGAUUAAAGGACACUGUCCACUGGGAGCAUUAUGGGACACCYUCAGACAUUCAGACYAAGCUUGAUAUUGAUGCUGAGCGGCAUCAUGUAUAUGGAGAGUGUGGUGGUUACUGUGGUGGUUGUAGACCUCAAGGCACUUUACAACUUGAACUGGACUCUUGUCCUGAAGAGGGAAUAAAGCCUUGUGUAAAUGCUCUUGGAAUGGACGACCGCAGUAUUGACGACAGUCAGAUAACAGCUUCUUCAAGUAAACCCAACUAUGAACCAAGCAAUGGACGACUCAAUCAUAUCAAGACAGCCAGUAAAGGGGGGUCUUGGUGUGCAGCUACAUCUGAUAAACUGCAGUACCUGCAGAUAGACUUGACCAAACAGAUGACAAUCUCAGGGAUAGCCACACAAGGAGCAGGUGAUACACAAGACUGGGUUCACACAUACAAGCUACAGAAAAGUGAUGAUGGAAGGGUUUUUAAUGAGCAUACAGAGUUUGGGAUACCUGUGGAUUUUGAUGGUAAUGCUGAUAACUUUAACAUUGUGACCAACUGGUUUAGUCAACGUUUUCGUGCAAGAUAUGUCAGAAUUAUCCCAACAACAUGGAAUUCUUCAAUUUGUAUGCGAGUUGAACUUUAUGGAUGUGAUAAUGAUAUUGUAUCUGUUGCUGUUCGUCACAAAACUGACCGYCGAUGCUGGAGUCCAAGUGGAGACSRGUGUUCUUCUAUSAAAGAUGGUAUCAAUGUAGUGAUCAAGCCAAGUUGUACAAGAGAAAUGGAUAUGUUUACAUUCCUCAAAGAUAACACUAUAAAACACACUUGUAGUGGAAAGUGUGUGUUCGUAGACUCAAGCAACAAGCUGUCUUUGAGGGACAAUCCCUGUGAUACCUUUAUCAAGAAGAAAAUUGGAGAUUCCUAUAAGAUAAUCCACCAAAGGACAAAAAGAUGUGUUGAACUUAGUGAUGUAAAGAAAGGAGAAUUGUCACUGCAACCUUGUAGUGCUGGUGUGGCGUUGUUUGAGUUUACUCAGGAUUCUAUUUCACCAAUAUCUCCCAAGAUCACAGUCGAAACAACAUAUCUGACAGUAAAUAAGCCUGGUUGGGUUCACUGUAAAGUAAUCGCUGAUCCAAGGGCUCGCAUACUUUGGACCAAAAUAAGACCAUGGCCAUCUGGUCAGUGGUUGUCCAAAUUAGAUUUCCUCGACUGGUCGAAUGGAUCUUUAUAUGUACGUCAUACUAGGAUGUCAUAUGCAGGACGGUACUAUUGUUCAGCAGCUAACACAGCGGAUUUUAGGUUUGGAGCUGUGGACAUUAAAGUAGGAAGUCCACCUAAAUUCAUCAAACCUCCAAAUAACACUGAUGUUAUUCUGAAUGACACUGCUGUACUUAACUGCGUCAUUGCCAGCUCAAGCAUUCCAACURAGAUCACAUGGUUCAAGAAAUCAUUACGUGAUCCUACUGCAAUAUCAAUYGCUAAACUUAACCAGAGGUUUUUGGUUCUAUCGAACAUGAGUUUAAAAAUCAGCAAAGUAGAAAAGGGCGAUGAAGCGUUUUACACUUGUCAAAGAAAGAAUCCUUUGGGAGAAGUCAAUGGAACAGCAUUUCUGAGAGUGUUAAUUCCUCCAAGUUUCUUUAUAUUCCCUAAGAAUAUAGAGAUUCCAUCUUCAAGUUCUCCAUUGUUAACAUGUAAGGGUGUUGGCGAUCCAAAUCCUACCACUACAUGGUCYCGCAAGAAUGGCUCUCCUCUACCSAGGAAUGCUAAAGUUUACGCUAAUGGUAGCUUGUUUAUCCGUAACAUCCAGCUCGGUGACAUGGGUGUUUAUAUUUGCUCUGCAACUAAUAGGGCUGGGACUGCACACACUGAGGCUGUUGUCAAAGUUUAUGGUGCAUGUAGAAUCAACUCCAUACCCUUUGCCACGUAUCACCCUGAAAAUAUCUUCUUUCGUGUGGGUUCAGUGGUGAUCAUCAUAUGUUUUCAUGGCUAUGAGGUGCCUGAAGGACGAGUAACAAACAUGACAUGCAUCUCAGACGGCACAUUUAGUAAAGCAUUACCAAAGUGCAAAGAUGUUGAUGAAUGCAGAGUGGACCCCCCUGCCGACGGAAAUAAUCAUGAUGUGACGUCAUAUCAUGAGUGUGACAAGAAUGCACUGUGCAUAAAUACUGUUGGUAGCUAUCGUUGUGAAUGCAGUGAAGGUUUCAAAGGCAAUGGAACGCAUUGUACAUCUUUGUGCCCUCGACCAAUUAAYCCAUCAAACAGUAUUGGUUGGGAACCYAUCAAGACAUACUACAACAGCUUUGAAAGUAUCAAAUUAUUGUGUGUUAAAGGAUUCACAAUUGUGGGAAAUUCUUCAGUUACUUGUGGUUCUGAUGGUUCUUUUGGUAUCCUACCACAAUGCCAAGACAUCAAUGAAUGCACAGUAGAAAAUGCUUGUCCAGACAAGAACAUGGUUUGUAAGAAUCUUGUUGGGUCAUAUCAGUGCGAUUGUAAGACAGGAUUUGAAGAAGAUGGACAUGGUCAAUGUAAAGUGGCUGAGAAAAAAAGAUGGAAGUUAACAAAUUCAUUUAAACUUUUACUAAAGAAGCUGAAAAACAAAAAGUCYGAAAACCUGACAGACUUGACUGUAUUAGAAAUGCUCAAGAAUGAGACUGACAAAGGGAGUUUAACGUCUGGUGAUCUAAUAGUUGUCUAUGAAACUCUUAAGUCAUUGGCUGAUAAAGCAAAAUCUCCAGGAUCACAAGAAUCUAAGAAACAAGAAAUUAAGGUCUUUACCCGAGUUUGUAGCAAYAUUCUUGGAGAUAAGAAUAAAGUACAAUGGGAAAACAUCCAAAAGGAGAGCAAAGGCGUCACACACGUCAUGAUAGUUGUUGAUGACUAUAUUAACGCUAUGGCGGACAGCGUCUUAWCAAAUGGWUCCUCGACUCUUGAGUUAUACAACGACAAUCUUGAUGUUAAGAUUGUUGCGCAUCAAGCUAAAAUCCUACAUAAAGGCUAUCGYUACUCCAACGGUCAAACCUCUCAGAUAKUGGUUCCUGGGAAGAUUUUCCAAGACUAUGAACCAGACUCUGAGGUCAUCAAAGUCACAGGCAUCGCAUACAAAAGCCUUGCUGACCUWCUUCCAAACAGAGCAGAUGGAGUCAAAUCGUUCGACAUUGAUUCGUCUACCAUCUUGUCAACGUCACUACAUCCCAAGCCUGUAAUGCAUGAUGGGAAACUAGCCGCUCCUGUAAGAAUUACAUUCAGCGGSGAAAAGACUACGAAGAAAGAUAGUUUACCAAUGUGUGUUUAUUGGGACUUUGACAAGAAUUACRAUCUUGGAGGGAGCUGGUCUUCUGAAGGCUGCCGCGUUGUAUCAAGUACCAGGAACUCCACUAUAUGUGAAUGUGAUCACAUGACAACCUUUGCAUCUCUUGCUGUUUAUGACAAGCCGUUGGCCUUCACUUUGGUUGUGUAUAUUGCUUGUGGCGUGCUGUUACUCAUUGUAUUAAUCUUAAUUAUACGCCAUCUUUACUUGUACUGCAAACGAAAGUCAGAGCGUUCCAUAAUUCAUCUGAACCUUUGCUUCGCCAUUGCUGCAGCGUUUGGUUUGCUGYUAGGAACCCUUACACUCACCAAGAUAAAAAUCGUGUGUAUAGUGAUUGCAUCUCUUCUCCACUAUUUCUUGAUGGCGAUGUUCUGUUGGAUCAUAGCUAAAUGUCUACAGAUAUGUCAAACUCUUACYACAGGAAAAAACAAGAACUCGAAAAGAGUAAAAUGGUUUUAUAUUGUUGGAUGGUUGUUGCCAGCCAUAGUYGUAGGGAUAUCACUUGGUAUUUUUAAACUGCAGGGUUAUGGUAAUCGUGAAUGGUGCUGGCUUGACUAUGAUCACAUGUUAAUGUGGGCGUUCGCUGGACCUAUCGCAUUUUUCGUAUUUGUAACGUUAAUCCUCGUCAUCGUAUGCAGUGUAAUCAAAGCACGUGUGGUUGACUCGUCUGACAAGACAAAAGUCAGUGUGUCUCUAGCGAUGGCGAUGCUGUUAGCGAUAGCAGUAGCGUGUACCUGGGUUGCCGCUGCAAUUUACGUCAAAAACCAUCAAARUCGUCUUUGGGAGUAUGUUUUCGCUGGAUCAUGCGUACUGCAGGCACUUAUACUYCUUCUCUUUGGACUCUUGGAUAAAGAGAUCAAGAAUUUUUCGUUCUUAUAUCAAAUUAAGAAAAUACAGCAGAAGGAACAUAAGGAGAAACGAAAUUAUUAUAGUACAACAGACACAGUACAGUAUUAUGGAGCAGCCAACGCCCCUGAUGGUAAGACGUAUACUGUGACCAGACCAUCCGCAAAGGAAUCCAACCAAGACCUUCGAGGUUCAUCAAAGAGAUUAGCUCGUAUUGGGUCAAAUCAAGAAGUCAGCGAGACGCUGGAUUAUCCACCACCCAUCUUUGAAACUCCAGUACCACUGGAUGAAUCAUACAAAAGGAAAAUCGAAAAUCAACCAGUUCCAUACACACCUAGUUUUCCAAAUAGCGAAGUCAUUCAAUUACAAACAUUUCCAGCACGCCGUGGRUACCUUGGUACCCCACCCCAGUCCAGUGAUCGACAACCAGAUGGAGCCGAGUACCCAGAACCCUCUACAAAUGGUGAUCGCAGAGUAAAUCAUAAUUACCGUUCUAGUUCUCCUCGUGAUCUCGAAGGAACAUCAAAUAAAUCUAAAUUAGCACAGAUCCCAGAAAAAGCGCCAUUAAUGCGAGAUUACAGAGAAGACGAAUCAAUAGACAGUGAAUUAAGCUCAAGAUUUGACGAGUCAAGGCCACUUGCCUACGAAGCAGAAAGAGAACCACUGAAGUCAGAUUCAUCUCGGCGGAGAUCGGAGCGGUCUCGUGCUAGAUUAGAAGAACGAUUCAAGAACGACUUGGACUCGAUCAAAAGUCGAAAACGAAAAUUACGCUAUUCUUCAGGAUAUUUAAUAGGUGCUACAAUCGACGAGGACAGUCACGCUAGUAAAGAUCACGCAAGCUUGUAAAAUGUACAUAUUYAUAGCACAUACUAACGGUCACUUGACAGUCACGAUUUAAAAAACAAAUUUKUGAACUAAAGGGUUUUGAUAUGUUUCKCUCUCUMCAGUGGGAGAUCACACGUCUCCAAAAACAUAGUGUUAUUAGUUUUUAUUGUUGAAAAAGUUAAUAAAAUUAAUCGAUAAUAACUAA